CCUCCCUCAUUUCUUCCAUAAAUACCCCCACUACCCCUCCCUUUCUCUCACUACUCUAUCACUACACACCCCCACAGUCUACGCACCCAAUCCUCCCCUCUCUCUCUCUCUCUCUACACAUCUCUCUCUCACCGCAGAUGACGAAGGAGGUAGCGGAGCACGGCUCCUACGGGGCGAAGGACUACCACGAUCCGCCGCCGGCGCCGCUGAUCGACACGGUGGAGCUGACGAAAUGGUCGUUCUACAGAGCUCUGAUUGCUGAGUUCAUCGCAACUCUGCUGUUCCUCUACGUCACCGUGCUGACGGUGAUAGGGCACAAGAGCCAGUCUGCAACGGACGAGUGCGGCGGCGUCGGAAUUCUCGGCAUUGCAUGGGCCUUCGGCGGCAUGAUUUUCGUUCUCGUCUACUGCACCGCUGGAAUCUCCGGGGGUCACAUAAACCCGGCCGUGACAUUCGGGCUUCUCUUGGCCCGAAAAGUAUCAUUGAUUCGGGCCGUGAUGUACAUGGUAGCUCAAUGUUUGGGGGCCAUUUGCGGAGUCGGGCUGGUGAAGGCCUUCCAAAGCUCCUACUACAAAAAAUACGGCGGCGGCGCCAACGAGCUCGGCGCCGACUACAGCAAAGGAGUGGGGCUCGGCGCCGAGAUCAUCGGCACCUUCGUCCUCGUCUACACCGUCUUCUCCGCCACCGAUCCCAAGAGGAACGCCAGAGACUCCCACGUUCCGGUGUUGGCGCCUCUUCCAAUUGGAUUUGCAGUGUUCAUGGUUCAUCUAGCGACGAUCCCCAUCACCGGCACCGGCAUCAACCCUGCAAGGAGUCUUGGAGCUGCUGUCAUAUACAACAAGGACAAGGCUUGGGAUGAUCAAUGGAUAUUCUGGGUGGGACCCUUCAUUGGUGCAGCCAUUGCAGCUUUCUACCAUCAGUUCAUAUUGAGGGCAGGAGCAGCUAAAGCCCUUGGCUCAUUCAGGAGCAGUGCUUCCCACCAUGUUUGAUUUAUUUUAUUUUGAUGAAUUAUCAGGAAACACAUAAAAUUGCUAGAUGUGUCAUUUUAUCAUGGAAAUGGAACAAGAGAAAGAUUUAGUAUCAUUUUCAUGUGAAUUAUUUAAUAAUCCCCUUUUCUUUUUUAUGUUGUAUGUUAGUUUUGUGUUACGAGAUUCCUCCGGCUUUUCAUCAUCUAAUUUAUUGUUGAAAUGAAUUCUUGGUA